AUGGCUCCCGUUCCCACGCACCUCGUUGCCCAGCUCCAGGCGUACACGGCCUGCGACAUCUCGGAUGCGCUGCUCAAGCUCAAGGUGCCUGGCGCCGGCUUCAUCGCCGAUCUGAACCUCUACAGCCCCCACGCCAGUCAAGACGCGGUUCCGACCAUCGCCCUCGUCUCGACCGUGCUCUGGGUCGCCAAGGGCGAGACCCCUGCCGAGCCCACGCCGAACCUCCCCGAUGGCCUUCAUUGGUCCGACGCCAUCGAGCCCGACUCCUUCAUCGUGAUGAAGCAGCCGCCCGGCCAGACCAAUGCCGUCUGCGGCGGCAUCAUGGCCCUCCGCAUCAAAGUCCGCGGCGCAAAGGGCAUUGCCGUCGCCGGUCGCGUGAGGGAUUUGCCUGAGCUGAGGGGCACAAACCUUCCCAUAUUGGCAUACGGCACCUCGACAGUCGGCGCUGGUGGCGGCAGCGUUCCCUGGGCAUUGCAGGUCCCCUUGGAAAUCAAGGGCACGUUUGUCAACCCUGGCGAUAUUGCCUUCCACGACCCGGCAAGCGGCCUCGUCAUCAUCCCCCGGGACCAGGUGACCAAGGUUCUCGAGUUGCUACCCAAGCUAACCGCCGCCGACGACAAGGUCAAGACGGACGUCCUCGGCGGCAUGUCCGUUCACGAGGCCUUUAAGCUACACCGCGGUGCAUAG